GCGGUGCACUGACAGUAGUUCCGCAGCCGGAUCGGAGGGUACAGCAGUGGGAACGGACGUCGUUUCCUUGUAUUUUCUUUAAACCCGUGAAUCUCGGAAGACCGAAAUAAUCAGCCGGGGAGAGAGAGAAAGAGAGGGGGACAGAAAAGCUAAGCACAAUAAAGAAGGACUAAAACAAGUCGGUGCCAUGGGCAAGCCGUUUCUCGUACCCGCGCUGCUGCUGCUGCUGCUGGGGUUCCCCGCGUCCCGGGCGCGCUUCGACGACUUCGAUGACGGGGAGGAGCUGGCGGAGUUCGACGACAACGACUUCGCCGAGUUCGAGGACGUGAGCGAAGACCCCCCCACCGAGGCGCCCCCCCGGACCGUCACCGCCCAGGACGACGAGGACGAGGCCACCGUGGAGGUGGAGGAGGGCCAGGACGACUUCGAGGACACCGAGACCCCCGAUGAAGACCUCUAUAAGUAUGAUGCCGAGGAGUUUGAAGGUUUUGAGAAGUCAAACCCAUCUUUCAAGGAUCCCAUCCACAUUCUUACGGUGCCGCCUCACCUGCAGAACAGCUGGGAGAGCUACUACAUGGAGAUCCUGAUGGUGACGGGGCUGCUGGCCUACAUCAUGAACUAUAUCAUCGGCAAGAACAAGAACAAUAGGCUAGCCCAAGCCUGGUUCAACUCGCACAGGGAGCUGCUGGAGAGCAACUUUGCACUCGUGGGUGAUGAUGGCACAAGCAAGGAAGCCGUGAGCACGGGAAAGCUGAACCAGGAGAACGAGCACAUCUAUAACCUGUGGUGCUCAGGGCGUGUGUGCUGCGAGGGCAUGCUUAUUCAGCUCAAGUUCCUGAAGCGCCAGGACCUCCUGAAUGUGUUGGCGAGAAUGAUGAGGCCGGCCUGUGACCAAGUGCAAAUCAAAGUCACUCUGAACGACGAAGAUAUGGACACGUUCGUGUUUGCUGUGGGCACCAAGAAGGCUAUGGCUCGGCUGCAGAAGGAGAUGCAGGACUUGAGUGAGUUCUGCAGCGACAAGCCCAAAUCAGGAGCCAAGUUUGGGCUGCCAGAGUUCCUGGCCAUUCUGUCCGAGAUGGGAGAGGUGACAGAGGGAGUCAUGGACAAUAAGAUGGUACAUUUCCUCACCAAUCAUGCCGACAAAAUUGAGUCCAUCCAUUUCUCGGACCAAUUCUCUGGUCCAAAACUUAUGCAAGAAGAGGGACAACCCUUAAAACUGCCUGAGACUAAGAAGACACUACUGUUUACAUUUAAUGUGCCUGGGAUGGGCAACACUUCGCCCAAAGACAUGGAGACCCUUCUUCCACUGAUGAACAUGGUUAUCUACAGCCUUGACAAGGUCAAGAAGUUCCGGCUCAACAGGGAGGGGAAGCAGAAGGCCGACAAGAACCGCGCACGCGUGGAGGAGAACUUCCUGAAGCUGACGCACGCUCAGCGCCAGGAGGCGGCCCAGUCGCGCCGCGAGGAGAAGAAGAGAGCCGAGAAGGAGAGGAUCAUGAACGAGGAGGACCCGGAGAGACAGCGCCGCCUGGAGGAGGCCGCACUGCGCCGGGAGCAGAAGAAGAUGGAGAAGAAGCAGAUGAAGAUGAAGCAGAUCAAGGUGAAAGCCAUGUGAAGACCACCCAGUCCCAGCACUGAGAGACGACACAGCCUGUCUCCAUCUUCCAGCUCCGAUGGGAUAUUGAUGCUAUUAUGGUGGUCAUGUAUCUGCCAUAGUGUUGUGUAUAUUUCUUUAGGUGCUCUGCCUAUAAAAAACAAAUGCUAAAUAGAAGAGUACUAAUUUUAUCUUUCAGAUGAACUGUUGGUGUCUAAUUCUUCUUUUUACUUUGGAAGUUCUUCAGAUAGUGUCACCUGUUAAAUUUUUUAUAUUUAAUACUAUUUCAAUAUUUGAGCAGGAGACAUUGUCUGGUGGAAUGACUCAGGUGGAAUACAUUGAAACAACUGAGAAUGCAUGCAUAAAUCACGGUGAAUAAUUCAUUCAUAGAUCAUAGGCUUAAUUGCUGUUAGCUUGAGGUGUGCAUUAAUUGCUUUCCUAAAAUGUACACAUUUUCAGAUUUGAACAAGAAUGUGUACAGUUACACUGAAUGGUUUGAGCUUUUUAUGUACAUAUCAGACUGAGGAGCAAUGAACUAAAAAUAAUAUAAAGAAGGUGUGAAAAGUUUUAAUUCUAUAAAGACAUUUUUACCAGUUUAUCUGUUUGUGACAAGGCCAAAAGAGCAAUAGACCACUCACUCAUCUGUUAGGUUGUGAAGAAGCAACAUUUUUGAUAAAUGCUUUUGUGAACUUUAUCUAAAUUUGAAAAAUAGGGUUGCAUGUGCUUUUUGUCAACACUACUUCAUACUCAUACUGUCAACAAAAGCAUUAACACCAUUGGGAAGAGUUUGUCAGAAAGUAAUUGUCCAGGAAUACUGCGUUUGAAAUUAAAUCUUUUAAAGUUUUUCAUUUGAUUUUCUUUUUUUACACAUGGUAAUGUGAAAUAAACAGAACCAUUGUAAUAGCAGUCAAUUGCCCAUGUGGAAUGGCAUGAAAGACUACUGGUCCAGAUUCUAACAUUCAGGGGUGUAAAGAAAAGUUGGCAACUUUAUAAUAAAUAUUGAUCAUUUGUCUAAAA